AUAGGUUGGUCAAAUAAAAAGAUAAGGGGUGGGUGGAUAGGAUGGAUUGCUAGGUAACCCUGAACCGAUACUUUCUCCUCCAGGAAAGACCGUCACCCGAAGGUGAAAUGAAGACAUGCUACUGUGCCAUUAACUACUCAUUGGUGGCAGUUGUAUUUCACAUUUACUGCCACCUCCAAAGUGGUUCUGACUGAUUCCAGAAAUGUGGUCAAAGUGUGUCUUGGCCAACUGACACAGCACCUAUCAACUUAACCAACUUAAGUGUGGUACAGUCCACUCAUGUCCCAGAAUUACAUUAUGGAUACCAAUGGCAAUGAGGGUGCUGGUAGUGGUGGAGGGGGCAUAGAGCUUGGCAAGAGAGGGCUUCCCAAGCUACGUGAGAUCAUGAUCAGGAAGCGGGAGGAUUCGGAGUGCGGACCGGCCGACGACGUGCCCGAGCUGGACUUCGUGUACGCCGACGCCGACAGCGCGGCCCGCGAGAUCGCCGAGCUCUACAGCUUCACUGAGCUGCCGGAGUUCGGGCUCAACCACCAGUACCUCACCGACACGGUGCUGGAGCUGGGGCUGGACGUGCGGUGGGCCGAUAUGUCGGACGCGCAGCGCACCUCCGUCGUCAUGAAGCUGGUCGACAAGGUGGAGCUGGCCAGACGGGAUGACCGGCUUAAAGCCUGUCGCGCCAUCCUGUACGUCAGCCAGGGCUGCUGGGCCGACCUGGCCACCGAACCAGAGGUGCGCGCCUGGUCCCGGCGCAACGUCUUUCUGCUCUACAAGUGCGGCGUGCUGCCUACGCUCGUCGACAUCCUCCAGCUGGAGAUCGAGAGCGGCACGGCCCCGGUGACGGCGCUGCGCAAGCUGGCCGUCUCGCUGGCCGACUCCAGCGACCUGCGGGUGAUCCUGAGCGUGCUGUACCUGAUGGUGGAGCAGAUGCGCACCGACGGGGGCGACGACACGCCGGAGGAGGCGCGCCUGCGCCAGGCCUUCGCUCAGGAGCUGGGUGGGUCAGCCGCAGGACACGGCGAACUGCUGGCCGUCACCCUGCUGGGCAUGGUGGUCUCGCUUUGCAGCGGACGCCGCGCCUCACUUCCCCAUAAGAAGUCGAAGGUGUCCAACGUGGACCUGCAAGACGAGCUGGCGUGCAAGAUGGCCGCGCUGGAACGGCGCGGAGCCGCGCUGCCCUGGAAGCCGAAGGUGCAUCAGCGGGACAUCGAGGAGUACCUGACCGUGAGCCGGGAGAAGUUCGUCGGCUACCGUGUGGAGGACGACCUGGAGACGAGGCGGCCGGCCGCAGCAAUCCUGGAGGGCCGCAGAUCCUCGAAAGGGGCACCUGUACCGCGUCUCUGGCCGAGGUGGCAGACGGAGCGGGAGGAGGAGAUCAGCCAGAGCCCCUUCAGCCGGCCCGAGACGGACGUGCCCCAGACUCCCGCGAGGCUGCUCUCUCGGUGGGGUAUGCUGCCGAGUUUGCCGCAGUACAUGAUCGCGCUGCUGAAGGUGCUUCUGGCGGCGGCGCCCACCUCCAAGGCCAAGUCGGACUCGAUCAACAUCCUGGCCGACACGCUGCCCGAGGAGAUGCCCAUGUCGGUGCUGCACUCGAUGAAGCUCGGCAUCGACGUCAACCGCCAGAAGGAGGUGAUCGCCAAGGCGGUGUCUGCCGUGCUGCUGCUGCUGCUGAAGCACUUUAAGCUGAAUCACGUCUACCAGUUUGAGUUCGUCAGCCAGCACCUGGUGUUCGCAAACUGUAUCCCGCUGGUGCUCAAGUUCUUCAACCAGGAUAACAUCGUGCAGUAUGUCACCGCCAAGAACAGUAUCCUGGCGCUGGACUUCCCGCGCUGCGUGCUGGGGCCGCAGCCGGAGCUCACCUCCGAGUCGCUCCAGCUGGGCGACGAGCAACCCUUCUGCUGGCGUAAUGUCUUCACCAGCAUCAACCUCCUGCGCAUCCUCAACAAACUCUGCAAAUGGAAACACUCCCGCAUCAUGAUGCUGGUGGCGUUCAAGUCGGCGCCGAUCCUGAAGAAGGCGCUGCGAGUGAAGCACGCCAUGAUGCAGGUGUACACGCUGAAGCUGCUCAAGAUGCAGACCAAGUACCUGGGCCGGCAGUGGCGCAAGUCGAACAUGCGCACUGUCAGCGCCAUCUAUCAGAAGGUGCGACACCGGCUGGUGGACGACUGGGCCUUCGGCAACGAGGUGGACGCGCGGCCCUGGGACUAUGAGGCGGAGGAGGGCGCCCUGCGCACCAAGGUGGACCGCUUCAUCACGCGCCGCUACAACCCCGAGCAUACGGCGGAGCUGGAGCCGCUGGAGCCGGAGCUCGAGCUCGAGCUCGAGAUCGAGCCGACCGGCCGCGAGAUGGAGCUGACGGCCGAGUUCAAGCCAAACUACCGGCGCUGGCUGGAGACAGAGGUGUUCCAGCAGAGCAUCGACUGGGACACGCUGAUCGAGCCCGGCUACAUGGGCUGA